GAGAAAAGGAAGUUUACAGUGGAAACCUUUCCUCUCUGAUCUCAGACCCUGAAACGCUGAACCCUGGCUACCUGACACACCUGCAAGGAGAGGCAGAGAUUCAGAUGUCCAUCAGGUGUUCCUGCAAACACUGGUAAGCCAAUAAGAGACAACUAACACAGCUGCUCCACAACAGAUGACAAUAUUCUCUGACAUGAUGUCUGGGGACCUGUUAAACACUCUAGAAGAUUUGGGAGAUGAAGAAUUUAAUAAAUUCAAGUGGUUCCUGCAGCAGGGCGAUGUCCUUCAGGGCCGAACUGUCAUCAGAAAGAGCCGACUGGAAACGUCAAAGCGAUUCGAAACUGUGGACCUGAUGACGCAAACCUAUGAAGUUGCAGGAGCUGUGGAGGUCACCAAGGUGAUUUUAGAGAAGAUCAACAGAAAUGACCUGCUUCAGAGUUUGCUUGCCAACAGCUCAAUAACAGAAGUGCAUGCCAAUGGUGGGAAGACUCCAAAGAAGAGAGGGUAUGAUAAAGAUGGUGAGAAGACUAAGAAGAAGAAAGGGGAAGGUGACAAUGGUGAGAAGACUAAGAAGAAAGGGGAUGACGGCAGUAUUGGGAAGACUAAGAAGAAGAAAGGGGAUGACGGCAGUAUUGGGAAGAUUAAGAAAAAGAAAGGAUUUUUCUUCUUCAAGACUAAGGCUUCUGAGACUGACGAUCUUAUGGUUCCAGUACCAGAGCCACAUCCUAUCACAUUUUACCAACAGAUGCUUCAAUCAAGCUUCCAGGAUAAGUUUUUGGGUGCAGAAGAAGAAGAGUGGGCAAAAGAUACACAGAAUCUGGCUAAUAUAUACACAGAGCUGUACAUCACAGCCAGGUGUGACAUACAGAUCCCCGCACAGCACGAGGUCCGAUCGUUUGAGAAGGCAUGGAAGCCAACAGGAGCAGAGAAACCCAUCCAACCCACAGACUUGUUCAAACAUCCUUCUGAAGAAGACAAAACUAUUAAAAUGGUGCUGACCAAUGGAAUCGCAGGAAUUGGGAAAACCUUUCUUGUUCACAAGUUUGUGUUGGACUGGGCCGAAAAAAAAUUCAACCAAGAUGUGCAUCUGAUUUUCCCGUUCACCUUCCGUCAGCUGAAUCCAUUGAAGGGAGAAAAGUUCAGUUUGGCAGAGCUCAUUCAUGAAUGUAUCCCAGAAACUGUAGGCAUCACAGAGGAAGCUCUUAAUUACAUCUUUACAGCUGUGGAGUCAUCAGAAAACACAGACUAUGACAAGAGCAAAUUCAAACUUCUGUUUGUGUUUGAUGGCCUGGAUGAGAGCCGUCUUCACCUCGACUUUUAUGCUGAUGACAAUCGCUCUGCUGAUGUAACAAAGUCAACUAAAACAGAUGUCCUGCUGAGGGAACUCAUCAGUGGAAAUCUGCUACAAUCUGCUCGCAUCUGGAUAACCACACGUCCUGCAGCAACCAAUCAGAUUCCUCGAGAGUUUGUCAGCAAUAUAACAGAAGUCAAAGGGUUCACUGACCCCUGUAAGGAGGAGUAUUUCAAGAAAAGAUUCAAAGAUGAGGAACAGGCCAACAGGAUUGUCUCCCACAUCAAGGCAUCACGAAGUCUCUUCAUCAUGUGCCACAUCCCAGUCUUCUGCUGGAUCACUGCUACAGUUCUCGAGGAUGUUCUGAAAACCAGAGAGGGUGGAGAGCUGCCCAAGACCCUCACUGAGAUGUACACAGAGUUCCUGGUGUCUCAUAUUGAUCAGACAAAAGAGAAGUAUGGCCCAGAGAAGAGCAUUCAGUACAUUAAGUCAUUAGCAAAACUGGCUUUUCAUCAGCUGGAAAAGGGCAACCUGAUCUUCUAUGAGAAAGAUCUGAGUGAGAGCAACAUUUAUUUUAAUGAAGCCUCAGUGUGCUCAGGAGUGGUCACAAAGAUCUUCAAAGAAGAGCAAGGAAGGAAAGGAAAGGACAAGAUGUUCAGCUUUGUCCAUCUGAGUGUUCAGGAGUUUCUGGCUGCUCUUUAUGUGAGGAUGUCAUUUGUUAACAGCAAUAAAAAUGUGAUGCCUUUACCAUCAUUCUCACUGAAAAACCUUCGACUUCUUUUAAGCAAAACAUCUUCUAAGAAGAUCCACAGGAUCUCCAUUGACAGGGCCUUACAGAGUCCAAAUGGACACCUGGACUUGUUCCUUCGCUUCCUCCUGGGUCUCUCAGUGCAGACCAACCAGGGCAAACUACACAACCUGUUAAUCAAGACAGACAGCAGCCCUGAGACCAAUCAGGAAACAAUCCAGUACAUCAAAAAGAAGAUCAGUGAGAAUCUGUCUCCAGAGAGAAGCAUCAAUCUGUUCCACUGUCUGAAUGAACUAAAUGACUGUUCUCUAGUGGAAGAGAUCCAACAGUCCCUGAGAUCAGGAAGUCUCUCUGCAGAUAAACUGUCUUCUGCUCAUUGGUCAGCUUUGCUCUUCAUAUUACUUUCAUCAGAAGAAGAUCUGGAUGUGUUUGACCUGAAGAUAUACUCAGUUUUUGCUUCAGAGGAUGCCUUUCUGAGGCUGGUGCCAAUAAUGAAAGAAGCCAGUAAAAUUCUGCUGAGUGGCUGUGAUCUGUCAAAGAGAAGCUGUAGUGCUCUGUCCUCAGUCCUCAGCUGUCAGUCAUCUAUGUUGAGAGAGCUGGACCUGAGUAACAAUGACCUGCAGGAUUCAGGAGUGAGGCUGUUGUCUGUUGGGCUGGGGACUCCACACUGUAGACUGGAAAGACUCAAUCUGUCAGGCUGUAUGGUCUCAGCAAAGGGCUGUACUUCUCUGGCUUCGGCUUUGACAGCCAACCCCUACCAUCUGAUUGAGCUGGACCUGACCUACAACCAUCCAGGAGACGCAGGAACAAAUGCGCUUUCUGCUGGAGUGGAGCAUGAACACUGGAAACUUAAAAAUCUCAGGCUGGAACAUGGUGGAGAACAGAGGCUGAAACCUGGUCUGAAGAAGUAUUUCUGUGAACUCACAGUGGACACAAACACAGCAAACAGAAACCUCAAACUGUCUGACAACAACAGGAAGGUGACAGCACUGGAAUUGCAGGAGCCAUAUCCCACUCAUGCAGACAGGUUUGAUACCUGUCUUCAGUUGCUGUGUGAAUAUGGACUGACUGGUCGUGCUUACUGGGAGGUUGACUGGAAAGGAGUGGUUGAUUUAGCAGUGAGUUACAGAGGAAUCCAAAAGAGAGGAGACAGUGUUGACUGCAAGUUUGGAUGCAAUAAUCAGUCAUGGAGUCUGAUGUGCUCUGAGGUUGAUCACUACUCUGUGUGGCAUAACAACACAGGAAAAGACAUCUCCUCCUCCUCCUUCUCCUCUGUCUCAAACAGAGUAGGAGUGUAUUUGGACUGGCCUGCUGGCACUCUGUCCUACUACAGAAUCUGCUCUGGCUCAAUGACUCUCCUCCACACCUUCAAAACCACGUUUACUGAGCCCCUUUAUCCUGGAUUUGGAUUCUGUACAUUGUCAUAUGGUUCUUCUGUGUCUCUGAGUUCUCAGUAGAAGGAAGAGUCUCCCCUUAUGCAGAAAAACACUGAAAAUCGACUGUUUUUCAUGCAUUUAGGCUGGUGUUUGACUCAUCCUACUUUGACAUCAUAUCAGUACAUGUACGCACAGCUGAAUGUAUAGGUUUGUGCUUUUCUUUAUUUCUUAAUGAGGUGUUUUUGAACAUGUGCUUUCUUUUGUGAGAAGUGUUUGUUUUUGUACAUCAGACUCUUGAAAAAAAAUGCAUUAAGUUGAUAAAUAACAUCCUAUUGAUCUUCUGGACAGUCUGUCUUUGUGCUCACGAGAAGCAGUACUGACUGACGUACCUGUGGACUCUGGUGUGGACUUUUUCAGGCUGAUUGUGAGUACCAUCUGCCUCAGGGACACCAGGAACCACAUUUGACCUCUGCCCUUCUGGUCCUGCUCUCAGACUCAGUGAUGAUCUCAUCCUCCAGUAGGUUGUUAUGAUGUCAUCAUUGCAUGACAGUAUUAACAGGCAAUGUUAAGUGUAAGAAGGGUUGUAAUGAAGUGUUUACCAAGAGUUUGGAUGCAACUCCAGCAUCGUGAGUUUCUGCUCAGAAAGUGUAGAAGAACCUAUGGAUCCAUGCCGAAGUCAGUUCUGUCUGUAACGGGGUGUAUGUGGUCAUCUAUUGAAUCAGGGUUUAUGGCAGGGGUAUUCAACUACAUUUUUCUAUGGGCCAAAUUGUCAUGAGGCUAUUUGCCGGUGGGCCACAUAUUUCUCGGGACACUUACUCUUGUACAUACUUAUCGGUCCAGUUGUUGUUAAAUUUUCUAUUUUCGCUGUCCACCUUACGUCUCUUCUCUUUUGAAUGCGACGUUUUCAUCAGAAACUGCUGUCUGGCCUCCCGCCAACUCCUCAGCAGGGAAAGUAGCUAUUGGAUGUCCUAAAAGUCGCUAUAUGACAUCAUCACCUAAUUUGCAUAAUUGGUUAUUUGCAUGUAGUUGCAAUCGAGGCUGUAGGAGAGACAAAAAGGGAAGAAAAAA